AUGAGGAGAGAUUAUGGCGUGAACAUAAGUUGUGAUAAAGCGUGGUGUGCAAGGGAAGCCGAAUAUGAUCUCACUAGAGGUACUUCAGAAUACUCAUACUCCAUACUACAUGCUUAUGAGGAAAUGUUAAAAAUAGAGAAUCCUGGUACAGUGUUUAAGAUCAAACUUGAAGAUGAUGUGCAUUUCAAGUAUAUGUUUAUGGCAUUAGGGCCUUGUAUUAGAGAUUUCACAAGCUAUUGGCCCUUGAUAAUUGUUGAUGGGUCGCACUUGAAAGGAAAGUACAAAGGAACCAUGUUGGUUGCAGUUUCUAUGGAUGGGAACAAUCAAUUAUACCCACUAGCAUAUGUAAUGGUGGACAAUGAAACCGAUCGAUCAUGGAAAUGGUUUAUGUUGAAUUUGAAAUGCAGUAUUGGAGAACCCGAUAAUUUGGUGUUUGUGUCUGAUCGGAUGGUAUCUAUUAGCAAUGUUAUUCGUGCAUUUUUUCCCACGUCAUUUCAUGGAUUGUGCACGUGGCACAUAGAACAGAAUCUUAUUACAAACUUUAAGGAUAGUACCAUUGUUGGGAUAUUUAGAUAUGCAGCAAGGGCAUUUCGCAUGACAGAGUUCUAG